AUCUUUGAGAUGAAUGACGAUUUCUGGGGUAAAAUGAAAGUAAUUAAACUCGAUUAUGGUGAUGUGGAGAUUGGUAAAACGGCAAUGAAAACAAUAGAGAUUUGGAAUGAAUCUUAUAAGGAACAAAUAUAUCAGGUUCAAAGAGAUCCCACUACAAAUCCUUUAGAUUAUGUAUUUCAUUUACGUUCAUAUACUUGGACGUUAGGCCCUGAUGAAAAAUUCUUAUGCGAAAUAAAUUAUCGGCCUCUUGUAGCUUCUAAAAAUGUUGAUUAUUUUAUAAUUAUAGAUUCCAAUGGAACGUGUCUGAAAAUUAUUACCUAUGGAUAUGCUAUCGGUCCUGAAGUAAUCUGUUCAACAACAAAGAUUUUCUUGAAUUGCAUGAUAAAGAAUCCUCAGGUUAAAAAGCGAAUUAAGUUAACGAAUAAUUCUAAAGUUGCCGCGAUUUUUAUGUUUAAUAUAGACGAAAAUCAUAAGUCUUUUCAGUUAGACGCAAAAUACGGUAUUAUUAAACCUUCCUCUCGAAAAUAUAUUACAAUUACGUUUACACCGCCAAAAGAGGGAAGAUACACUUAUUAUUUAGUUGUUUUAAUAUUAAAUCAAGAACCAAUUAUUAUAGAAUUAUAUGGCUAUUGUAGCUCAGUAUCCAUUAAGAAAGAUAAUAUAGAUUCUUUUACUUAUCCGUGGAAAGAAAAAAAUGGCUUUAAAGGAUAUUUGAGAGAUGUAAUUGAUACAUUAGGAGAUAUACCCCCUGUAUCUUUAUCAAGGCAUUAUUUCAAUUUUGGUCAAGUAGAUGUAAAUGUAGAAAAUAUCCAGAAAAUAUCUCAUUCGAUAUGUCUAACAAACCAUACUAAUUCAAGUUUAUUAAUUACCUGGGAAAAAGAUACUGAUGAAAUUUUUAAUAUAACACCUUCUGAAAUGCUAAUUCAUGCAAAUCAAUCUACUCUGUUUGAACUUACAUUUAAUCCUAAUGUAAAAAGUAAUCUUUUUGGAGGAGAGAUAAUUUGUUCUGUUUUCUUCAAACAUAAAAUGCUAUCUACUUUUCCAUUUGUUACAUCAGUAACAGUGAUAGGUCACUCUUUUCCUGUCACAUCAAAUGGAUGGAUACCACAAUAUGAAAUUCCACAAACUAUAAUAAUGCCACCAUGUGUGCCAUCAUAUCCAAUUUAUACCACUUUUCUGAUUAAGAAAUUUGGUCAUUUACCUCUUAUGUUUCAAUUUGUUUCACCACCAGCAAGUCACUUUAUUGUAAAACCAAUGCUUGGUGUAAUUUAUCAAGAUUAUCAAAUAAUUGUAGUAGGAAUGACAUCUAAACCCCAAAAUGAACAGAUUUAUGUAGAAAGAUGGACAAUAUACUUUAAUGGAAAUACAAAAAAUGAGAGUUAUAUAGAUUUUAAAGGAUACGCAGAAUAUGCAAAUAUUGUUUUUAGCAAUAAUAAUGUAUUAAAUUUUCCAACAACUAUGUCAGGUUGUCAGCAGUUUUUACAACUGGGAAUGCGAAAUGUUACUCGUCAUAGAAUAAAAUAUCAAUUUUAUCAGUUGCCACCUGAACUUGAUAUGCAGCAUAUGAAUGGAGAAAUUAAUGCAAAUGAUAUAUACCAUCAAGAAUGCACCUUUUCUCCAACUGAAUCAAAUGUAGACUAUGAUUUUGAGGUACAAUGUGUUUUAAUUGUUAUAAAAAAUGGAAUUAGCAUUGGAUCAAAACGCUGUAUAACUAUACGUGUUCGUGGAAAUAGUGCAACAGGGUCAUUAAAGGCUACUCCAAACGAAUUAAAUUUUGGAGAAUUGGAAUAUAACAAUACUAAAAUGUUAUCUUUUGAUCUUAUUAAUUCUAGUGCAGUAGAUAUUUAUUAUAAAUUAAUUUGUACUCAUCGCAAUUGGCCACUUGGAAAUAUUGAAGAAGAUGUUAAAUUACAUCCAUUAUCAGAAACAAUUUUUUCAGGAUCUCGUAAAAAAAUUAUAGUUUCUAUUACUCCACGUACAGCAGUAUAUUAUGAAUUUGUAAUUCAGUAUCUAAUAAGAAUUAGUUUUCGAUCAGAUGUAUUAGUAGCUAGACAAAGUCCAAUACAAAUUUGCAAUGUAUGUUGCAUGUGUAUUUUGCCCACAAUAAAAGUACAGAAUAUAUGUGCUUUUGGAUAUAAUCAAAACUAUUCAAUGCAUAUAAGCAAACAAUUUUUAUGGCAUACACUGCAAAUAAAUAGAUUAAAUAAAAAUUUGGGAGAUAUAUUGCCAGGAGAAAAAAAAGCCAUAAACAUUGAUCUUUUCCCAAUGCUCAUAAAUGAGGGAACUAUCUUAAUUAAGUGGAUAAUAAUAAAUCCUUCAACAUUACCUGUUUCAUUAGCUUUAAAAAGAAUUAAGCAAUGUUCCUGUAAACCUGUUGUAAAAACAGUUAAUUAUUUGCUUGAACAUACUGAAACUGAAUGCAUACAUAAAAAUCUUUGUAUAGCUUACAUAAAAUCAAAUAUACUAAAGCCAAAAGAAGAAACUGUAAUUGGUAUGAGUAUACGAUACACAUUGGUUGGAAAAACAGUUAUAUGUUGGGACUUAGACAUUGGACAUGAUCGUCAUAUUAUUUUAAACGUGAUCAUUAAUUGUCUAACUGAAUCUCAAUCACAAGAUUAUUUCUUAAGUACUGCAAUAAUAAAUUUUGGAAACAUUUAUUUUGGAAACAAGGGAAUAACAUAUAGGGCACAUUGGAUAUUCAAUAUUACAAAUAAUGAUUUGCCAUACACUAUAGAUACUAAUAAUAUCUAUAAAAUAAAUAAUGACUAUCAGUGUAGAGUAUUUUCAUGCUUAGCAAAAAAUGGUAUCAUAAAAGCUAGAACUGCUAUUCCUCUCCUUUUCAGUUUUCAACCUAGAAUGUUUGGUGCAUAUAAGGUAACAUUUCCAAUAACCAUGGGUGAUAAGACACAAGAAUUGACAUUAAAAGGAGAGGCAACUUUUGAUUUUAGAUCAAUCAGUACUAGAAAAACAAUACCAUCUUAUUGUGCUUGUAAAACUCCAUUAUUUCCUGCAUAUUUCAGUGUUGAUUGCAUUGACAUAUGUUGUAUAUCUACACAUAAUUCUAUAGUUAAAAUGCUUCUAAUAUACAACAACUUAGAUUUUGAUGCACUCGCUUAUGAGUGGAAAUGUCACGAUAAUUCAAAAAUGCUCGACGUUGACGUAUUUCCACGGAAGGGUAUAUUACAUCCAAAUGCAGUGCAAAGUUUUAGGGUAAAAGUUUAUACUAAAGGGUAUUCUUGUCGAAUCAGUAUUCAAAUACUUUGUAUAUUUUUUAAUGCUACUAAACGAAGAGACUACCAAAGAAGUAUUAUAAAAUAUAAUAUUCUCAAUCAGGAAUUAGAAGGGCAAUUUACCAUUACAGAAAAAGGCAUUCAUGUGCCAAAACCAUGGUUAAAAAUACUUGAUAAACCAGAGCAAUAUUAUAAAACAUUGAGUUUACGUUCCAGUAUAUAUCCUGUGGAAGAUGAAAAUAUAAGAGUAACUUUAUUAGAAGAAUUGAAAGCUUCUCCAUCAAAUAUGAUUUUUUUUGAUGAUAGUAAAAAUUGCAGUAUUAUAAAAGAGAAAGAGCUCUAUGUAGUAACAUUUAUUUUGGAAGGCUUGUUAUGGGACAUUGUUAAUAGUGAAAGAUUUAAGAAUAUAGUUGAAAAUAAUUUAAUUCCUAAAAGAAAUUUGUAUUAUUCUCAAUUCAUGAUGGAUCUUUCGGAACGAAGAACAUUAGUACGUAGAUCGUACAUAUCGCCGCCACUGACACUUAUUGAUUCGAUACUAGAACAAAUGUUAUUUAUGAUAGUACAUGAUGAGUUUUCUUUAAAAAUUACGCAUUUAAUCCAUAAUGAAGAUGUACGACAUCGUAACUACAUCAAAAUGUUACCUAAACAAAAAAGAACUGACCUUGAAAAUAAUUUCAAAGAAGCUAAUAGUACAUCUGAUGAUGAAGAUGAAUCACAUUCUCAACACUUGAGAACAGGAUUUAGAGUCUCUUUUGUGUAG